CUCUCUCUCGCUUUUCCUCUCCUUUCUACUCCUCUAUUCUAUUACUAAUCUUUCUUUUUCUCAUUCUUGCUCCAUUCGCAUCCCUAUCCUCAUCAAACCAUUUUUUUACUCUUCUCUCUUUAGGAGAGAGAUAUUCAAGUAAGAUUGGUGCACCGUCCGUCCGCCUAGGGGAAAAAGAGUGUAAGAGAGUUCUACCGUCUUUGACGUUGAAAUGGGCACUCGAGACGACGAAUAUGACUAUUUGUUCAAAGUGGUUCUUAUUGGUGAUUCUGGAGUAGGAAAAAGUAAUCUCUUAUCACGUUUCACAAGAAAUGAAUUCAACCUAGAGUCUAAGUCUACUAUUGGUGUUGAAUUUGCAACAAGAAGUAUACAAGUAGAUGGCAAAACAAUCAAAGCUCAAAUAUGGGAUACCGCUGGUCAAGAACGCUAUCGUGCUAUUACUUCUGCUUACUAUCGUGGUGCUGUUGGAGCAUUAUUAGUUUAUGAUAUUGCAAAACACUUAACAUACGAAAAUGUUGAAAGAUGGUUAAGAGAAUUACGUGAUCACGCCGAUCAGAAUAUAGUUAUAAUGCUAGUUGGAAAUAAGUCGGAUUUGAGGCAUUUACGAGCUGUGCCGACAGAUGAAGCUAAAACAUUUGCUGAAAAAAAUGGUUUGUCUUUUAUAGAAACAUCGGCUCUAGAUUCAACCAACGUUGAGACAGCAUUUCAAAAUAUUUUAACAGAGAUCUAUAGAAUCGUCUCGCAGAAACAAAUACGAGAUCCUCCAGAGGGUGAUACUAUUCGACCACAAAACGUAGAACCUAUUGAUGUUAAGCCUACGAUGAGUUCUGAGGGAAUGCGUAAACAAUGUUGCCAGUGACGUGGUGUUUGUUUAAUGAAUGAUUUGCUUUACAAAUGCAGCGAGAGAGACAGAGACACAGUAAUGAGCAAAGUAACGGCCAUUGGUAGAUGUAGCGGGUGCAUAAAUGCACGAGAGCUAAGACUAUGUAUACGAGUCUAAAAUCUCGUAUGCUAGAAGGGUUUGUUAACCUCACCAAAGCGAGAAGAUACUGCAGAUUAUUCAUAGGGAAAAAUAAAUAUGCGUACGAAACGCAACUUUUUUGAUUCGCAUAAAAUAAUAUCAAUUAAGUGCGGCACUCUCAAAUUGGACGUCGGUGUAAGAGUGAAUUAAGUAUGGAGAUGAAUACACCAAUGCAGAUUAUAUACAUAAUUACAUAUAGAUUACAAAUGGACAUACAUAAAUAUACAAGCGAAUCUGAAUGCAUAAACGAACACGUUAAACAAAACAAGGCCCAUGCACUUUGUCCUAUAUAACCUUCUUCGUUAAAGUGACAUUUGUCUCGUUUACUCAAUUUAUGAUUUCUUCUCUCUCUAACUCUUUCUUCGUAUUUUUUUCUUUUGCUCAUGUACGCAUUCAUAAUAAAGUGUACACAAAAGCAUUCGUCUUUGAUGCAUAUGUGAAGCCGAUACAUGCAAUAACACUUGAAACACGCGUCUACACGAUAAUAGUAAGAAAAAAAUCAGAAUAUAAAAACAGAUAUACAUAUUUUAUGUUAUUAAUAAUUAAAUGUUGUAUUACCGUUUCUUUGGAAUACAUAUAACAAUUAUUCUCAACACAUAAUAUGAUCGUGAAUAUACAACAAUUGUAAUCUGAU